ACUUCAAAACCUGCUCAUGUUUCCGCGAACGUGAAAGGAUUUGUAUAACACAUUCAAAUUUGAUGGACUUUCCCAUGUUCUCUCUGGACAGCCCUUUUAUGUUGACAUGUUCAAAUAAUGAAUCUCUUAUGUGCGGGAUCCCUUUUUUUCCCCCCCUACUUCUGAGUCCUGUUCCUAGUCGUCUGGUAGGGAUGCUGUGCGGACCACUCCAUCGUCUGUCCCAAGCUUAUGGAGUACCGCUGACUCGCUGGCUUCCAGGAACCAGGGUGCUGAAAUGGAACAUGUAUAUUUGAUUAUUUUACUGUUUGGUAAGGCCUUGUCUGCUGGAGCUCAAUUUAAUGGAUACAACUGUGACGGCAACUUUCACAGUCGCUUUCCUGCGGAGAGGGAUAUCAGCGUGUACUGUGGGGUGCAGACCAUCACCCUCAAACUCAACUUCUGCCCUGUCCUCUUCUCCGGCUACACCGACUCCGACCUGGCCCUCAAUGGUCGCCAUGGGGACGCUCACUGCCGCGGAUUCAUCAACAACAACACAUUUCCCACUGUUGUAAUCUUCAGCAUCAGCCUGGCAUCACUGGAGUCGUGCGGCAAUUCCCUGGUGGUCUCCACAGCUCAAGGACCAAACGCUUAUGGGAACCUGUCACUGGUGCAGAUCGGUAACAUAUCAGGGUACAUCGACACACCGGACCCCCCCACCAUCAUCAGCUACCUGCCCGGUCUGCUGUACAAGUUUAGCUGCAGUUACCCACUGGAAUAUCUGGUCAACAACACACAACUGGCCUCGUCAGCAGCUGCGAUCUCAGUGAAGGACAGCAACGGUACCUUUGUCAGCACGUUGAAUCUCCUGCUGUACAAUGACUCCUCGUACGUCCAGCAGCUGUCCAUCCCCAUGGCAGGACUGACCCUGAAGACACGGGUGUUUGCAGCUGUUAAAGCUACUAACCUGGACCGAAGAUGGAACGUUCUAAUGGACUACUGCUACACCACGCCCACUGGAAACCCUAACGAUGACCUCCGCUAUGAUCUCUUUUUUAGCUGUGAAAAAGACCCUCAGACCACCGUCUUCGAGAACGGGAAGAGCCAGAUGGGCCGCUUUGCCUUCGAGGUGUUCCGCUUUGUAAAGCACAAAAACCAGAAGAUGUCUACCGUUUUCCUGCACUGUGUCACCAAGCUUUGUCGAGCAGAUGACUGUCCGAUGCUUAUGCCAAUCUGUGGCAGCAGGAGAAAGAGAGACAUCUCAGAGGGACAGGAAUCAAACCACGCAUCUGGAAAUGCUGUUCUGACUGCCGGGCCCAUCAUCACUCGGAUUGAUGAAACACCAACCAACAACUCUCAGUUGGCCCAUUUGAAAGCUCCAGUGUUUCAGAUGAACACGGUGACGAGUGCCCUCAUCUCAGGCGUGAUCAUCCUGGGCGUCAUGAGUGUAUGUUUCUUCAUCUUCUCGCUCACCCUCCUCAAAGGCAAGACCACUCCUGUCAGCACCCUGUCCGGAGCCCGCAACCCAGCCUUCAACUGAGCGUCUGAACCCAACCCGUUGCAGACACGAGGGGAAAACAACACGUGACAUGUGCAUGCAGUCAUUUUACAGGAGCACAAAAGCUAAAUGCUCAACGUUUAAAUUUAGAUAAAUGUUACCAGAUCUGUGCAAUUAGUGUAGAAGUAAAGCAGGACUUGUUGUAUGUUGUUCUGUGCUCAGUGUUUGAACCACGUAGCAGGCCAGGCCUCGAACUGCAGAUGAUCAUUUGUCAUGCAGCUUUAAUUCACAUAGUGGGGACACUCUUAACUUAAUUCAAUUCCCAUACCAAUAAUUCAAUGUAGUUUUCAGGUGCAGGGAUCAAAUAUACACUUAUAGUACAUUAUGACGUGAAUAAUCUGCCGGUAAAAGCGUUUCCUUAGAGGCAGAAAUAUAAGAACAGUUCAUUUAAGGGUGACAUUCUUUAAAUAAAUUGUAACUUAAAAGUAUAAUGAUGAAAUAAGUGGAAUAAUUGGAAUUUAACUUAUUAGCGUUGCUACUUUUUGGGGGCCGGGGGGUAGUCUUAUAAGUCUUUGGAUGAUGGGUCUGUUCCAACUAAAUAUGCUGUUCACCCACUCACUUAUAUUUCAUGUAAUGUGGAGGUAAAAUGUUGUAUCUUCCACUGACAAAGUGUUACUGAAAUCGUUAAAUUGUGUACAUAGUGCAAAUCGCAAAUAUUUCACUUGUGCGGUGUCAAUAUAAAGAUUCAGUAUGAAUUUUCUCUUAAAGUCAGAAUUUCAGUCAAUGACAACAGGGGGACAACAAUGAAGUCAAACAAAGAGCUCUUUGCUUUAGUGCUUUAUUUCUGAUCAUCUUCCGUCUCUGGUGUAAAUAAACGUUUCUGUCUCUGUUGGUGGAAAUUUAGCUUGACCGACUUGCAAAUGACACGCAAUACCAAAAAGAACAUCCUGUCACCCAAGUGACCGUUUUCGUAAGCCUAGCCUUUUCUGAUUUGCCACCAAUGAAAUUUGGUUGUCUGGUUUAGGCAACUAAGUUAAGGUUAACCAACUGAGUUAAGGUUAGGGUGGAUAUGUAGUCAUGUUUUUUGACUGUUGGUAAGAUCCUGUGUCAAUGUCAUCGACUUAAUACCCCCAAUCAGCAUCAGUGUUAUGGGCGGGCCUUGGGGGUCGAGGUCCGUCAAUAAUCUCAAUUGAAAAUUGUGAAAUUGUGAAAUGAAUGGAAAGAGGUUCUGAUUAGGAAACUUCAGCGUUACCAGUGUUGAGUUCUUAAAUUCACGUAAAUAAGCUAUCUUAAAGCUACAGUGAGAGAAGAACAUAUUCACAGAAAUUUAAUAUAUUGUCCAUAACUGUGUUCACAUAUGUAUAAUCACCUGCAACAAAGAACUAAUGUUUUUUCAUCAACUUUGAAUGAGUUAAAUGUAGUAACAUUAGGGGGACCCGACCAUGUUUGCUAUGUCGUGUUGUGCCACCCUGACUUCCGGGUCCGAGUUCCGAGAGAUUCCGAGGUAUAAUGAAACGCAGGAUUAAAUACGGUUGCAGAAAACGGUCCAGAAUACGUUGCAUUCGCGUUGAAUUUCUAGCGCUGCAGGAAACCAGAAAUGGAAUAAGCGGUGCGCCACCAUAAAGUGUCCCCUGUCGGAUGUUCAGUUGGUUGCGGUUUGUAACUUUUCCACCAGUUGCUGCCAGAAAAAUACAGAUAUUACACACGGGCUUUAAGAAAAUGACUCUGCCGAUAUGCACUCUAUUCGAUUUAAGAGUGGCAUUGUUUGUUCUUUUGUUGUUGCUUUGUGUUUGCAUGAAUUCGCUGCGCACAUAUUGUUGUAAUAAUCUAUACCGGCGCUUGAUGUUUGCUUAAUCAUGACGCUUUUAUUAAUUUAAUAAAAGCUAUGACGUGAACAAAUUCCCCCCGUCAAGGCUGAUUGCCCAUCUGUGCUUAUGGCGCUCUGGCGCCGACACUGCCCUCAACCGUCCAUUACAUUCUUCAACUGAAGAGCAACAUCAUGCUACCAGUGGCUGUACUUCUCAGAGAAAACAGUCAUUGUUUGCACAACACCAGAG